AUGCUUUUCCCAUCACUGCCUUUCCUUUCCGUCCUCCUCAGCGCGGCAUCGCUGGGGUUGGCCUCGCCUCACCCGCAGAGGCCCAUGCUGCUGGAGAGCCGGCAGCAGGGCCCGGUAAAGUACGAGGUCAAGAAGCCACCGCUUGACACGGACUGGACGUACAAGCUGGGCACGAACCCGUGGCCCGAGCACCCGCGUCCGCUGCUCAAGCGCGCCGACUGGCAGACGCUCAACGGCAUCUGGACGUUCCGCAAGACGGACUCGAGCAGCAGCGCGUCGCCGCCGCCGUCGGGCCUGCUGGACAUGGAGACCAUGAUCCCCAGCUGCGUCGAGAGCGGGCUUUCGGGCCUGCAGGAGCUCGACGCAGAGUACAUGUGGUUCGCGCGGCGGUUCUCGGUGCCCGAGGGCUGGCGGGCGGGGGGCAAGCGCGUGCUGCUCAACUUUGAGGCCGUCGACUACGAGAGCCGCGUCUUCGUCAACGGCAAGGAGCUGGCCCGGCACGUCGGUGGCUACUUUCGCUACAGCGUCGACGUCACCGACUCGCUGGCCACCAACGGCACCGACAACCUCCUGACCGUGUGGGUGCGCGACCCGACCGACAGGCAGGGCUCGUUUGCGCCCGUCGGCAAGCAGACGGUGCGGCCCUCGCACAUCUUCUACCGCGCCUGCUCGGGCAUCUGGCAGACCGUCUGGCUCGAGUCGGUGCCGGCGUCCGGGAGCAUCACGCAGCUCGACGUGGCGGCCGGCAGCGACGGCAAGGUCACCGUCAAGGCCCACAGCAGCGUCAACGGGACGGCCGCCGAGGUCGAGGUCAAGGUCACGGACGCUUCCGGCGCCGAGGUCGGGUCGGGCAAGGGAUCUGCCAACACGCAGUUCCAGUUCACCGUCGACUCGCCCAAGCUGUGGUGGCCAGAGAGCCCGACGCUGUACAACCUGACGGUCAAGAUGGGGGAGGACAGCGUCAGCAGCUACACGGCUUUCAGGACCGUCAGCCGUGGCGAGGUCGGGGGCAUCCAGAGGCCGCUGCUCAACGGCGAAUUCGUCUUCCAGUUCGGCACGCUGGACCAGGGAUUCUGGCCCGACGGACUGCACACGCCACCUAAUUAUGAGGCCAUGGUGUCUGAUCUGAAGUUGCUCAAGAGCAUUGGGAUGAACAUGGUGCGGAAGCAUAUCAAAAUCGAACCCGACCUUUUCUACAGAGCUUGCGACGAGCUCGGCCUCAUGGUGAUCCAGGACAUGCCCUCCAUGAGCGCCGACGGCCGCCAGCCCAACGACGCCCAGCAGGACGAGUUUGGCCGGCAGCUGGAGCUCAUGAUCGAGGAGCACAAGUCGUACCCGUCCAUCGUGACCUGGGUCAUCUACAACGAAGGCUGGGCCCAGCGCCGCGACGGGCCCCCCUGGCCCGAAGACCGCCUCUCCCAGCGGGUCCGCGCCCUGGACCCGACCAGGCUGAUCGACGCCGUCAGCGGCUGGAACGACCACGGCUUUGGCGACUUUUCAGACAACCACCACUACGCCUCGCCGCAGUGCGGGACGCCCUUCUACUCGCAGCCUGCCGGGCCGCACGAUAGUGCCAGGAUUGGAUUCCAGGGAGAGUUUGGCGGAUUGGGCAUGAACACUACCAUUGAUCACCUCUGGAACGUCCCCGACGCCAUUCGCGACAUCCCGCAGACGUACGAGAUCCACCUCACCGGAGAUUCGUACAACUACCGGGCGUCGCAGCUCCUCAACGAGCUGGCCGAACAAGUCAAGCGCUUCGAGUGCUCGGGUGCCGUCUACACGCAGACGAGCGACGUCGAGGGCGAGGUCAACGGGCUGGUGACGUACGACCGCCGCGUGACGAGGAUCGACAAGGAGCAGUGGAAGAAGGACAUACAAAGGAUGUACGACGAGGCAGCCAAGCGGGGCGGCAGGCCCGUCGGUGGGAAGUGA